GGUCUACCUAAUAUCUAUCAUAAAAAUUGUCUGUUUAAAAACAUCUUAAAUCAGCGAAAUAUAAAAAUUGUGUAGCCAUACAGAUAUUACAAAACUAUUUCAGACUGAAAUAUAUAACAAAUGAGUUCUCCGCAUGAUGUCAACAAUUUUACUGAAGAAAUUUCUUCAAAUGUUUGUAGAAUAUGUUUGUUAAAAAGCAAAAUCCUUAAAUCAAUGUUCCAUUGCUCAGUUGGUUCUCAGACUUAUGCAGAUCUCUACAGAGUUUGUACAGGAUAUACAGUCAAUGAAGGUCCUGACUUGCCAUAUAGAAUCUGCAAUGAAUGCGAAAGAAAACUUCUCGAUUUUCACAAUUUCCGAGUUUCAAUAGAAAGUAUUGAAGAGCGUUUGCAAAGUCAUCAAUACUUUAUAGAUUCAAAAAAUGAUGAAACUGAAUGGUUAGAAGAUUAUGAUGAAGAGAAACUCAACGAAAACAUUAAUCCUGAUGAGAACUGCGAGAUAAUUCAAACUGAUACUUUAGACGACGAGGUAGUUUAUUUAGAAGAAGUUAUUGAUCAAAAUGAAGAUGAAUUUGUACAAUAUAAUAGCGAGAACGAAUUUGAACGGAAGAAAGAAGAAAUUCUCAAUAACACUGAAUCCUUUUGUCGCUUUGCUUUCUCUGAAGGAAGUUCGAGUGAAGUUCAAUGCCUAACAUGCAGCAAAAAUUGCGAACUUGAAAAAUUCAUUAAUGAAGCGAAUGGCGAUGAAAGUUUAACAGUGAUCUGUGAGUGUGAAAGAGCUUUUAGGAACAAAAAAUUCUUUUUAAAACAUUAUUCUCAAAGACAUUCUGCAAAUGCUAUAAACCAUACUUGUGAAAUAUGUCAUGAAGUAUUCAAAAGCGUUCGCUCAAAAGCUGCUCAUGAUGCUUACAUCCAUAACAUUGGCUACAAAUUUGAAUGUACAAGUUGUAAGAAAAAGUUUUAUAGAAGUGAUCACUUGAAGCAACAUGAAAAAUGUUGUAAUAAAUCAAAGAAGAAAACAAAAUCUUUCUUCAAGUGUGACAUUUGUCUAUUAGCUUUUGAGCGAGAAGAAACAUAUAAAAAACAUCUUAAAUCAGCACAUAAUAAUGUCAAAAACACAAAUGAAGUGAUACAACUUGUUGAAGCUUAUGCAGAAAGAUAUUCAAAUAAUCGAAGUUGCGCGUCCGAAAGUGCGGCUUCAGAAGAUGCUUCAAUGAAAGUUCUUUGUUGUCAUUGCAAUAAAACAUUUAAGAACGAAAAUACAUUAAAUAAACAUAUAAAUGUUUUCCAUGGAAAUCAAGUUUGGCCUUGUGAAAAGUGUGAUGCAGUUUUUAUUCAUCGUUCGACGAGAAUCUCUCACAUGACUCUUGAGCAUGGAGCUAGGAAACCUUUCGAAUGCACCUACCGUAACUGUGACUUUUCAUGCUUCAAAAGAGAUCGCUUCAAUGCUCACAUUGACAAACACGAAAAUCCUGAUAAGAAGUUUUCAUGCCCAAUUUGCCAACAGGAAUUUAAUGGAUACAACACAAUGACCCUUCAUCGUGCGAAACAUUCUAAACAGAAAACUUUUGAAUGUUCCAUAUGCAGCAAGCAGUUCCUUGAUAAAAGAAAUUUUAAUGCUCAUGUUAAGCUUCAUACGGGUGAGAAUCUUUUUCAUUGUCCCGUCUGCACCAGAGGAUUCAACCGUAAAGAUCAUCUACAGAAACAUCAAAAGCGUAAAAAUCAUUUCGAGGAUUUUAAAUAAUGAAGCAAGAAUAAUAAAAACAACUUUUUGUACAAAUUAACUUAA